AUGCACAACAGCUUGUGCGUCUCGCCGCAUGAUGAGGCGGAGCCACGACGUAAGUGCAGUUCCGGGGGCGAGUUGGAUGGCCAGGGUCGGUGCGUCUCAGUCACUGCCGUCGAGGCCGACAUCGUCUGCCCGACCGGCUUCGCCAUGAACAACGGCCGUUGCGACAAGCCCGUUGAAACGCCCCCCGCUCUUCGCUGUCCGCCGCUUUUUGUGCUGCAAGGCGACCAGUGCAUUCGAUCGGUCCCUGCAGAACCAUAUUGCCGAGGCGACCGCGAGACGUUGACGGGAGCGAACACUUGUGUAUCUCUGCACUCGGAGCCGCCCGUGCGCUCUUGUCCUCAACGUUCGAUAUUAACACCGGACGGUCGUUGUGCUGUGCAGGUCGUAUAUGAGAACGACGUUGAUCUGGUGUGCGACGGUCCUUACACACUUGUGGACCAUGUGUGUCUGCGAGUGGUCAAAUCUCACGAUGUCCUCGCCUGCCCCCCAGGUUACGAGUAUUCCAACUCCAGUCAGAACUGCGAACUCAGCAAAAUCGCCACGGCCGUUCCAUAUUGCGCCGGCAAUAGCGUCUAUGAUUCCGACUCCGGUCAAUGUCAAACCGUCACCACGUCCGACGCUGUGAUAACGUGCAGUCGAGGUUCCGAAUGGGAUCCUAGCACACGGGAUUGUCGUGCCAAAAAAAUCUAUCAUGCUGCCCUUGAUUGUCCAGAUGGAUUUACACUUAGAACCAACAAACCAGAUUCCAACAGAGGUGACCGUCAAGGAGGUGGUGACCGUCAAGGAGGUGGUGAUCGUCAAGGAGGAGGGGAUCGUCAAGAAAAUAAGGAUCGUCAGGGAGGAGGAGUCGACUCUAGGAAUAUCGGUGGAGUGGCUGAAUGUCAGAGACAUGAAACAUUAAAGGCAACAGCAAGUUGUGGUGAUUUGGGUGAAUUGGAUGAUGCACAGGAUACAUGUGUUCGGCAAGUCAUUCUCGAACCGGUAAAGAAAUGUCCGGACUCAUUUGAGCGUGAGGGAGAUAAGUGCAGACAGGUUAUGGAAACUUUGGCUCUUAAGAUCUGCCCAACUGAUUACAAACAAGUCGGGAAUGCAUGUGUUGGCAAAGCACCUACACAACCACAAACUCUGAGUCCAGAAGAUCGACGUCUUCUUAUUGAAACAUUACAAGGAUAUGCCACUGCAGCACAACCCAAAAAAUCCAACUCCAAAAAAAAAUGGCAACUAUCAGAUAACACUGAACCUGCCACCACUGCCACCAUCAAAGAUGACCAAGAACUACUCGGACUCGCCGCCGAUCUCAUUAAUAAAAUCAACAAGAUCAAAGCCGUCAAAACUAAACAAUAA